AGCUGACGACGCCGUUUCAUCAUUGUUCUCUACUUCCAACACUCGAAGUCCCAAAGCUCUCUCUCUCCUACGGAGAAGCACCGGUCGCUGGUGCUGCCGUCCACUGCACCUCCUCUACCACCACCACCCACCUCACUUCUUCCCACUUUCACUUCUUUCACACGCAUAGUCUGAAACUGACGCAUACGCACUACUUUCGUUUAUUCUUCUCCAUCUGAGCAUAGAGUACAAUUUGUAGAACUGUGUCAUCUUUUGUGUGCCAAAUUGUUCAUGAAACUUUCGCUCUACCAUGGACUACGGGCUUUCAGACAGCAGUGGAACAGAUGAUGACUUUCCUCCACCACAUCAGAACAAAUUCCGUAGUGGUGGGCCCGGGGGUAGUUCUGGAAACGGAAGAACAAUGGCUGUGGGCCCCGGCCCUCCUAGAAUUCAAAAUGACAUGGAAACACAAAUCCACCUUAUAGAACAAGAAGCAUACACCUCAGUUCUUCGUGCCUUUAAAGCUCAAUCUGAUGCUAUCACUUGGGAGAUGGAAACUUUGAUAACAGAUCUUAGGAAGGAGCUGAGAGUAUCAGAUGAAGAACACAGAAUACUUCUAUCAAGAGUAAAUGGUGAUGACAUCAUCAAGAGAAUAAGGGAAUGGAGGAAGACUAAUGGAGUUCAACUUCAACCUACAUCAUCAUCACAAAAGAAACAAAAAACAUCCCAAUCUGGACCUUCUUCAUCCUUAGCUCCACCACCUCACCACCCAAUGCCGCCAUCUUCAUCAGCCAUGAAUCGUGGUGGUUCUGGUUCAGGAUUGAGGGGAAAGAAGCCACAAUCUUUUGGAUCUUCAAGUUUCAACAGCAGGGAUCAAGUGGGGAAGAAGGGUGGUGGUGGUUAUAAUGGAAAUGGUGUUGAUGAAGACAAGAGCUCGGAUCCUCUGAUUGGAAGGAAGGUUUGGACAAGAUGGCCUGAAGAUAGUAACUUUUAUGAGGCUGUUAUAACAGACUUUAACCCUGUUGAGGGGCGCCAUGCUUUGGUAUACGAUGCAAAUACACCAAAUGAAGCUUGGGAAUGGGUUAAUCUUCGAGAGAUAUCUCCGAAUGAUAUUCGUUGGAAAUGGGAGGAUGUUGGAGCAUCUCAUAGAGGUGGCGGGCGAAGUGGGACCGGGCGGGGGAACAAAAAUCCUCCGGCGGCGGCGGCAGCUCGUGGCGAGACAGCUGGCGGUGGGUCCGGAAGGGGUAGAGUGGUCUCCAAGGGUCAGUCCAAGAAAGAAUCACAACCUCAACCACUUCCAUUAACAAAAGGUGUUCCAAAAAGGGCUUUGAAUGAUAUCGAGUUGCUUCACACAGAUACCCUUGUUAAAGAGAUGGAUAAAGUGUUUAGUUCAAGCAAUGCGGAUCCAAUGGACAUUGAGAAGGCAAGAAAAGUGCUUAAAGAGCAUGAAGAAGCCCUUGUGGAUGCUAUUGCAAAGCUUGAAGGCGCCUCAGAUGGUGAAAGUGAACAAGUGCAAAAGCAAUCAGUUAGAAAACAUGAAGGAGGUGAGGGUGGUUCAGGGAAUAAGGUGUUGUUGGCUGUAGAAGAUCUUCAAACAAAUGUGGCUUAAAAUUAACUAAUGCUUCCACUAUCUCUUGUAUUUUGUACAAUUUAUAUAUAUAUAUACAUUUUGUGAUUAGCUGUUUAAUUCAAUCCUCCUUGUAAUCUAUCUAAUGUAUCUUGAUUCUUGUGUAUUUAAUAAUCUUUUUCAGUAA